AUGUCCUUCUCCAGCCUCGUCCAUGACCUCAGCCUGCGGGACCGUGACGGCAACGGCAGCACCAGCGGCCACCCCCUCCGUCGUCCCGCGGCCCCCUCGGUCGCAUCGACAAUGGACGACCAGGCCUCUCACCUCUCGCGGGCCAUGUCCCGUGCCAGCACCGUCGCUACGAGCGUCAGCAUCUCGGGCGACAUCUCCAGUCAGCUUCACGGCGGCUACUUUCACCCGCUUGCUCGUUCGUGGCAGGCUGAGCGUCAGCUGACCAAGUCCAUGCUCAUCUACCCCCUCUUCAUCACAGACGGCCCCGACGACAUGUCCCUGGUGCCGUCCCUUCCGGGCCAGCACCAGCUGGGCUUGAACAAGCUCGUCCCCUUCCUGGAGCCCCUGGUGCGCAAGGGACUCCGAUCGGUCAUGCUGUUCGGCGUGCCCCUGCGUCCCGGCACCAAGGACGCGCUCGGCAGCGCGGCCGACGACCCUGAGGGCCCCGUGAUCCAGGGCAUCCGCCUGAUCCGCCGACGCUUCCCGCAGCUCUUCAUCUGCACCGACGUCUGCCUGUGCGAGUACACGUCGCACGGGCACUGCGGCAUCCUGCGCGACGACGGCAGCCUGAACAACCAGCUGUCGGUGGACCGCAUCUCGGACGUGGCCAUCGCCUACGCCAAGGCGGGCGCGCACUGCGUCGCCCCCUCGGACAUGAACGACGGCCGCAUCCGCGCCAUCAAGCUCAAGCUCAUCGAGGAGGGCAUAGCCCACAAGACGACGCUGAUGUCGUACUCGGCCAAGUUCUCCGGCUGCCUGUACGGGCCCUUCCGCGACGCCGCCGGCUCUGCGCCCUCGUUCGGCGACCGCAAGUGCUACCAGCUCCCUCCGGGUGGCAGGGGCCUCGCCCGCCGCGCCAUCACCCGCGACAUCGGCGAGGGUGCGGACGUGAUCAUGGUCAAGCCCGCCAGCCAGUACCUCGACAUCAUCAGCGACGCCAAGGAGCUCGGCAAGGACCUCCCCAUCGCCGCCUACCAGGUCAGCGGCGAGUACGCCAUGAUCCACGCCGCCGCCAAGGCCGGCGUCUUCGACCUCCAGACCAUGGCAUUCGAGUCGACCGAGGGUAUCCUGCGUGCCGGUGCCACCAUCGUCGUCAGCUACUUUACUCCUCAGUUCCUCGACUGGCUGGAGCACUAG